UGUGGCUUUCCGCAACGUACGGUACACUCUUGAAGAGAGACGCACACCAGGCAGACAACUCUCUUCGAACUCACUCAGGAUUUGUUUCGCUGGAAGAAUGCCCUUGUUGUUUUGAUGCUGGCAACUUGCCGGCCACUGCGUACCAAGUCACCACUGAAUCAUCAAAACCAUCGUGUCCAUUUGCGCCAGACGACGAUAUGAUGCGGAUUCGCUUCGCUUUUGCAAUUGCCUUUGUCAUCCUCCUUCUCUUCGCAUCUUCCCUCGGCUUGCUCCCACACUCAUCCCUUCCUUCCACCCCCGCGGCGGCCCAACCAUACAUCCCAUCCCAGUCGGACAAGGCAGUACAUUUCCUGGUCUUCUUUGCUCUCACGGCAACCUUUUACUUCAUCCUCGACACCAACCGGCGGCGCGUCAUACACUUGACGUUACUUGUGUGCACUUUGGUGCUCGGCGUGGGCAGUGAAGUGGCCCAAGGGCUGUUGCCAAACGAUCGCGAGUUCGAUGGUUGGGAUGUUCUCGCCAACGUCAUAGGCAGCCUGGCGGCACUGGGUCUUUGCAGUGCAUACCACCGCCGGUCGGCCGAAAGACGCCGCAAGGCCAAAUACUCGGCUUUGGCCAGUGAUGGCUUGGAAGGUGAAGAUCUCGAGCUAGCUGAGGGCAGUGGUGGUGGCGAUGAACUCGGCCGACCUUCAAGACCUGCAGAUGAUGGUCAGGAGACGGGCGUUGUGGCUCGGAGCGUCGAGGACGAGUUGGACAACUGGGACGAAAACGUUCCUGAUGAACCGUGGGAUGAGGAUGACGAUGUGACGACCAGCCAACACACAAAGGCUACGCCCUCGACGAGCUCCGUGGGCAGUGAAGAACCACCAAAGAAGAUGGCUGUGGAAUGAGCGACACACUGUGAUUGACGAUAUGAACUAUGAUGGCAAAAGGAGAACCACACCCUCCAAGAUAUCCAAGAUUGUACCACCACUAUUAGUUUAGCGGGCCAAAUAUGCAAAGACAUUUGAUCUCUGAAUACUUGGAGUACGAUUUCGUUUGGAAGAACCACAAGAGAGCAGUUUCCUUCGUGUAAGAAUGCUAUGAAUUUCAUGUA